UCUCCACUUUCCCGGAAAAAGACGCAUUUUAGUAUAAUGUAAAGUAGCGUCAGCAUAAGGAGACCAUUCCAAUUCCGCGCUUUCCAUUGCAUCAAAUUUCUAAACCCUCAAUCCCUCUGUUUAUGUUCAUGAUCCUUCUUCACGCAAAUGAAAUCCUCCGUCCUUCUCUUCUCCUUCACGUUUCUUUUCUUUCAUCCUCAUCUCUGUUUUGCCGAUGAUGCCCAUGAUGAAUUCAAAGCUUGCGGUGUGAAUUACAACUGCGGUGAGUUGGUUAACAUCUCCUAUCCAUUUUGGGGGAAUGAGCGCCAAUCCUUUUGCGGUCGUCGACAAUUCCGCCUCACUUGCAAAGACAAUGAAACUACUACGAUUCAAAUCCAUUCUCGGCAAUAUAUUGUUGUGAACAUCAGUCAAUCGGAUCAUAGAAUGACGAUCGCAAGAUCAGAGCUGUUCGAUGAUUACUGCCCUAAUAAUGAAAUUGAAGCGGCGACGUUGGAUUUUAGUUUGUUCAAGUAUUCUUCGAACGAUCUGAAUCUGUCCGUGUGGUACGAUUGUCCGGUGCUGCCGGGAACCCAGAAUCUCUCAUUUGAGUGUGGAUCGGAAGGGGAAAAAAGUGGGAGAAUGAAUUAUGCUUUGGAUAAUAUUGAAGCGGUGAGUUUGAGUCCAUUAAGCGUAGGUUGUAGGAUUAAAGUUGAAGUGACGAUUACGUCGAAGUUAUUUAAGGAAGGGAAAAGGAACAGAACGAUGGUGGUGGAAAGGGGAAUGAAAGAAGGGUUUGAAGUUGAAUAUGGGGAUUUUUACACCGUAGCUUGUGAGGGAUGUAAGGAAUACGGCGGCGGCGUGUGUGGUCGAAACGAGACGGAAGAAUUUCUGUGCAAAUGUCAAAAUGGAGAAUUACAUCCUUUUGUUUGCAGACCUCCUCCUCCACCUCCUCCACCUCCUCCACCUCCUCCACCUCCUCCGGGACAAGAUACAAAAUGGAAGAAAACCGUCAUAGGCGUUUGCUCUGGUAUUGGAGGUGUACUGUUAAUGGGGGUUGCCUCUUUCAUCUGGUUUUGUUUGCACAAAAAGAAGCUUGCUCGUUCUUAUACUCCCUCCUCCUUUCUCCUACGAAACAAUUCCAGUGAACCGUCAACGAAGGAACUUGAGAAAGGAGAAAAUGACAUGGGGCUACCUUUGUUCUCUUAUGAAGAGCUUGAAAAAGCCACAGACAGAUUUAAUCCAGCCAAAGAACUUGGAGAUGGUGGCUUUGGCACUGUCUAUUAUGGCAAACUUUCAGAUGGGCGUGAGGUUGCAGUGAAACGAUUGUUUGAAAAUAACUACCGACGAGUUGAGCAUUUCAUGAAUGAAGUUGAGGUCCUUACUCGAUUGCGCCACCCACAUCUAGUCACCCUUUAUGGAUGUACCUCUCGAAUUUGCCGUGAACUUUUGCUGGUUUAUGAAUUCAUUCCAAAUGGUACUGUGGCCGAUCAUCUUCAUGGCAACCGAGCAAAACCUGGUGAGCUUCCAUGGCAUACAAGGUUGAAGAUUGCCAUAGACACAGCAAGUGCUCUCGCUUUUCUUCAUGCUUCCGAGACUAUCCACCGAGAUGUUAAAACUACCAACAUUCUUCUUGACAACAACUACAACGUUAAAGUCGCCGAUUUCGGACUAUCUCGCCUUUUUCCUACACAAGCCACCCAUAUAUCAACUGCUCCACAGGGAACUCCUGGCUACGUUGACCCGGAGUAUCACGAAUGUUAUCAACUUACAAAUAAAAGCGAUGUCUUUAGCUUUGGAGUAGUAUUGGUUGAGCUGAUAUCUUCAAAGCCUGCAGUUGAUAUCACUAGGCACAGACAUGAGAUUAACUUGUGGACAAUGGCAAUCAACAAGAUUCGAAAUGACGAAUUACACGACUUCGUAGAUGCAUCUCUUGGAUUUGAAACAGAUGAAACAGUGAGAGAGAUGAUAUGUGCAGUUGCAGAGUUGGCAUUUCGAUGCUUACAAAGUGUGAAGGACACAAGACCGUCGAUGUUGGAAGCUCUGGAAAUUCUAAAGAACAUAGAGAGUCGAAGUAGUGGCAAAGGAAAAGAAGAAGACAGAGACAUUUCACACGAAGACGAUGUGCUGCUGAAGGAUGGUUUAGUUCCAGAGUCUCCAGAUUCCGUUGUCGUGCCUUGGAUGAGUAAAUCAUCAACACCAAAUGGCAGUAGCUAAGUUCUUUCUUUGUGGGUUCGUGGUAAAAUAGAUGUUAAACUUUAAUAGCACUGCCUAAUCCUUUUUGUUCUUUCACCCAUUAUUAUCACCUUUCUUAACCCUUCUUAGGUUAAUCAGAUGUACAUAUUUGAGAUUGAAUGUAAAGCUCGCGUUGUCAUUCUCCA